AUGCCUUCGAUCUUGAACGACGAUGACAAGCAGAAUGUCAAGCGCCAGGUGCCCAAGGCUUCCAACAAGAUCCAUGCCGUCGCUGUCGCCAAAUUGUACAUUGCCUAUCCAAACCACAACAAAUGGCAGUACACCGGGCUGCAGGGCGCUGUAGUCCUCGCCAACGAUCUUGUCGGCAACACCUUCUGGAUCAAGAUGGUCGACGUCUCGCCCUCGAACCGCGGUGUCGUCUGGGACCAGGAAAUCUAUGACACCUUCCAGUACAACCAGGACCGUACCUUCUUCCACACCUUCGAGCUCGAGGACUGUCUGGCUGGUCUGUCGUUUGCAGAUGAAAAGGAAGCAAAGCAAUUCAAGAAGAAGAUGGAUGAACGCGAGAAGAAUGCACACAAGAACACAAAGAACAAGCCUUUUGGUAGUGGUAGUGGUACCAACAAGGACUAUUCCGCUGCCAGCGCAGGUGGUGGCUCAUCUAGACAUCGUUUCGGUUUCAGCAGUCUGCUACCCGGCCACCGCCAUUCUCAAGCUCCUCAGGCUCCAGCUCAAUCCAUCAUCCCUCCACGCGAUGUGACUAUCGGUCAUGCUGCGCCUGCUCGUUCCACGCCAUCUCACAACUUGGACAUGUCAGAUCCUGCUGUGCAAGAAGUGCUCAACCAGCUUCUGUCCAUGGGCAUUACUGAGGAUCAGCUAGAGGAGCACGCCGGCUUCAUUCAGACUUAUCUCGAGCAGCACAAGGCUACUGCCGCUGCUGAGGAAGAGCGCAAGGCCAGGGCACCACCUCCUCCUCCACCUGUUGCUGCACAGAUGUCUCCUCAAACCACUGGAGGAAGUGGAAGCAAUUCGAGACGUGGUCCUCCGCCUGCUCCGCCACAACCUAGGAGGGGUGCUGCACCAGUGAGACCGCCAUCUCCCUCGCCUUCGCCGCCACGCGCUCCUUCACCUCCUCGUCCCAUGUUCAAGGCUCCUCCUCCGAUUGCCGACGCCGGAAAGUACGCCAACGUUCCCCCUCCGCCUGCCAGAGCCAGAGCCACAUCUUCUGUCGCACCUCCACCCCCACCGCGUGCCCCGACCAAGACGCCGGCCGACGAACCAUCCUCAUCCAGAUUCGGUGUUCCUCCCCCUUUCACUGGCAACCGUAUUCCGUCCGGUCCUCCUCCUACUCCUGCUCGAGGCCCUGUGCCACCUCCACCGCCAGCAAGAAACAAUGUCGCGGGCGCUGGCCCACCUAUGCCACCACCAUUGCCUCCUAAAACUCCAAACUCCGCCGCUCCAAUUCCACCCCCUCUGCCUCCAUCAUCUGCUCGUCCUGUCCCUCCCCCUCCCGGUGCUGGUGGUCUGCCUCCUCCGCCUCCUCCUCUUCCCCCAACAUCGUCUGGAGGCCCUCCCCCUCCCCCUCCUCCAAUGCCCCCAGCUGGUGGUGCUCCUCCACCGCCUCCAUUGCCUCCAGGUCGUGCUCCUCCUGGUGGGGAUGCACCGGCACCUCCGCCAUUGCCCUCCGUUGGCGGUGGCGGUAGAGAUGAUCUUCUCGCAUCCAUUCGUGGCGGUGCUCGUCUCAAGAAGGUCUCGGACGCAGAGAAGAGAGACCGCAGUGCUGCAGCGGUGCCAGGUAGUGAACCUCCUGCUUCGAGCGGUCCUAGCGGUGGUGGAGGCGGCGAUGCAGCUGCUGCUGGCGGUCUUGCUGGUGCAUUGGCCAGUGCACUCGCUGCAAGAAAGUCCAAAGUUAGCCACAGUGAUGACGAAGACGACAAGGAUGACUGGUAG